GGGGAAGAAAGCAAAAAAGAAAAAAAAAAAAAAAAGGGUCCCAAUCUCGGGAUUUUUUGUUCCCAUCAGACUGGGAGACAUUCAUGACCGACCAUUACGCGCUUCAUCGUGAUCGAGAAAUGAUGCAUCAUCGACUGCAUCCAUUGUCCCUUCUGUGGGCGCUGGUGGGUUAGACGCCUACUCGGCGCUGGAGAGAAACAACGAGCCCAGAAAGAUGAUUAUUCGACGAUAUUCGCACCCAGCCACGUGUCACACCGGAGACUGUCUGCUAAGCGCCAGAUGGACCGUCAAAGAACGAGUUUCUGGAUGUCUUCCAAGUGUUGUGGAAGCCAAGAAGCCGCAGCGCUUAACGCACAAUGGGGACGAUACACUAUUGAAUUCUAUCUCGCCGACAAUCGAUCAUGUCAACCAUUCGAUCAUCUCGAUUGCGCAUGUUUACUCGAAUCGCCAUGGUGAUAACUAUGCAGCUCCAGAUCAUCCAGAAAUCAUACUCAGUAAACAUUGUGAUCUUCUUGAUUGGCGCGCGCAGGAUCAAAUCCGUUCAGAUCAUGUGACUACGAGACAGGGUCUCCAUGCCGUGUCGAAUCCUGAUAUAGUCGGUAUUACUGACCGUGAUUCUUUGGCCCGUCAAACUGGCCCCCUCCUGGUCCAUCAACCGUCUGUCCUUGGUAGUCAUGGUGCCGAUACAGUGGCUAUGCCCAGGCGCAGCAAUGGCCCGCAAUAGCUUCUGAAACAGCGGAUGACUUCUUCAUCGACAUGAUUACAGAUAGUACAUGUCAUGACAGCCUCGCAGGGCAGUUUUUGAUUCCAAAUAUAG